CUCAUUUAACUUCAUUUGCUAGUCUUCACUACUUCCUCUCUAUUUCCUAUUCAAUUCUUCUGUUAUCAUUAAUUGUUAGUUUCUACCUAUUCAUAACAUAUAUAUAUAUAUACACACACACACACACUAUGCAUGGAACUAGAUAGUAACUAGCAGGAUCUUUAUAUAUAUAUAAACAUGAAUCUAUCGGUAAAUGGUCAAUCUCAGGUCCCUCCAGGUUUCCGAUUCCAUCCCACGGAAGAAGAGCUUCUGCACUAUUACUUGAGGAAGAAAGUGGCCUACGAGAAGAUUGAUCUUGAUGUCAUUGGCGACAUUGAUCUUAAUAAGCUUGAACCAUGGGACAUUCAAGAGAAAUGCAAAAUAGGAUCCACCCCACAAAACGAUUGGUACUUCUUCAGUCACAAAGACAAGAAAUACCCGACAGGGACGAGAACGAAUCGUGCGACGGUGGCCGGAUUCUGGAAGGCCACAGGCCGGGAUAAGGUGAUCUACAGCAGUUGUAGAAGAAUUGGAAUGAGAAAGACUCUAGUGUUCUACAAAGGACGAGCCCCACAUGGACACAAAUCAGAUUGGAUCAUGCACGAAUAUAGGCUGCUGGAAGACAAUACCACUAAUAUCGACUCCAGUACUUCCAACUUUGUAGUAGGUGCAGCAGAUCAGUCGUUGGGAGAAGAGGGGUGGGUGGUUUGCCGUGUUUUCAGAAAGAAAAAUUAUCACAAGGUGCUAGAGAGUCCUCAAAGCUCAUCAACCUCUACAGAUUUGAGGUCCCAAAUACGCAAUUUAAGUAAUAAAGAUGGUGUACUAGAUCAAAUACUUGAGUACAUGGGAAGUACGUCGUCGUCGAGUAGUUGCAAGCAAGAGAAUGAAACUAGCAUUAUCAACAACAGUGACAUGGAUAUGCAGUUUCUGAACCCAAUGAUGAAGACACCGACACUAGUAGUGGACGAUGGAUUUAUGCAUCUGCCAAGGUUAGAUCAGAGCAGUACUCCUACCAUAACCAGGUUUGAUCAUCAUCAAGACUCUAGUUUUAGUUCUGCUUGCGGAGCCCAAUCAAUAUCAAUGUCAAUGGAUGAGAUUGUGAGAACUGAAAGUGAUCAACGAGGCAGUGGUUACACAGAUGAUGACCAAAGAGAUAGGCUCAGUGACUGGGUUGCACUCGACAGACUUGUGGCUUCCCAACUCAAUGGUCAGGCUGCUGCUGUUAUAGACCCAUCCAAGCAAUUGGAAUUGUCUUGCUGCAGCUGCUACCAUGAACCCAACCAACAUCAUGAAUUCUGCUUUUCCAUGGAUGAUCAUCAUCAUCAUCAUCUACAUUCAUCCCAUAAUUCCCACCUAAGUUCAAGUUCGAGUAGACCAAAUCUAUCUUCUCAAGUCUAUAGCAGCGAGAUUGAUCUUUGGAGCUUCACACGAACAAGAACAACAUCAUCGUCGUCAUCUGACCCACUAUGCCAUUUGUCGGUAUGACAUACAGUAGAAGUAACAAAACUAUCAGAUUCCAUUAUACAUGCAGCAUCCCUCAACUCAAAUAAUACGUGAUUGAUAUCUGAGAUGAGGCGGCAUAUAUUGUCAACCGUUAUUAUGUUUACUCAAUAACGAUGUCUUUGAUAAUACAUCUCAUCAUUAUUGUCAUAUAUAUAUAUAUAUAUAUAUCAUUCUUAAAUAUACAAUAUUUCCAACACCACACAAUGAAGUAUUGGCAACAAUCAUGGUAAGGGAAUUGUAUUUCUUUGUUUUUUACAGGGCAAAAGGGAAUUGUAAU